UUCAUAGUUUGAUUGACCUGAAAACAAUGGCAAAUUCAUUUAAGACCGUUACCUUUUUUGUCAGUGCUUUUUGCGUUUUCUCCCUCAUUGGCGCUGCUCGAUACCGGCCGCCUCACUUCUUCGUGGAGGGCCAAGUUUACUGCGACACAUGCCGUACCCAAUUUGUUACCAAAGUCAGCCAGUUAAUGACAGGUGCUAAGGUGCGGUUGGAGUGCACACAACGGGAUGGUGGGAAACUAACCUUCAGUGCCGAGGCUGAAACCGACAGCUCUGGCACCUACCAGCUGCCGGUGGAAGGAGACCAUGAGGAUGACGAGUGCGAGGUUGUGCUUGUGAAAAGCAGUAAACCAGAAUGCGAAGAGAUCGACAAGGAUGGAUGGGGAAGAACUUCAGCCAAAAUUAGCCUCACAGCCAACAAUGGCAUGUCCACCUCGGUGAGAAAGGCCAACCCUCUCGGUUUCUUGAAGAAGGAGGCCCUCCCGGAGUGCCCUCAAGUCUUAAAGGAAUUGACUAUCCAACCUGAAGGUGUCUGAAGAAGAAGAAGAGAGAGUCCCUUUUUGUACGUUCUUAUAUGAACAAAUUUUUGGUCCUUGACAAUGUAUAUAUAGUGUUCUGCUAAAAAUAAAAAAAAAGAGAAGACAAUGUAUAUAGUGUUAUAAACCAAAAAAAAUGUAAAAUAAAGAAAGACAGACAGUGUUUACUAGGUUCAAACAACCCUCUAUUGGCCUUUAGGCUUGUGUUAUGUAAUUAUGGGUGCAAAAUAUUGAAUUUUAUACAUAAAAUUUGUAUAGAA